AUGGCUGUCAACACUGUCAUCGUGAAGGUCAGUUAGUAAUUAACUUUAGAAAUGAGCCCAGGUGAAGAUAUCUAAUAGAAAUUUUAGACAUUUAAUGCGAAUGUCACAACUGAGAACAGUGUGGACUCCCAACCGUGCAAUUCCUUCGUCCUCGAAUGUGUUUUUACCUGUGACGCUUUACUAAACGUCAUAUGGUAUUUUGAGAAGGUUUGCAACAAGUUAAUAUUGGGUAAAUAUCAAUUAUUUUCAGAACAAGAUCGAGCCAACCGAAGAUUCGCGAGAUCAGGUUGAGUUUUUCCCGCUUUCCGCUGAAGUUUCAACGUACAAAGCGCGAUUAAAAAGAAAGGUCAGUUUACAUCGGUUGAUUUUGUAGGGUUAUUAUUUUUAAGAACGUUUCUUGGGGGCAAGAUAGCGGCCUUUAUGAAGUCAGAAUAGUGACAGAAUCUGGUUCUUGUGUCGCCUCUCGCAGAGUGUCCCUAUACGGUAGAAUUUUUUAGUUGAUUCAUCCAAAAUCUGUUUCAGGAUUAUGUCCACCGAAAGUUGUUCUGGGUCCUAGAGUUGUGAGAAACCCGAAAAAUCACAUGAUGCGCCUAGAGUUCGGAGUUACGAAUAUCAAUGAAAACUCGAUUAUUAUCUGGUAUAAGGUGAGUUACAAUCCGUUUUUAAUGGCCUCACUAAGGUAUUUGAAGGCGCAUAGAGAAAAUUUUGGUCUCGUGGCAACGAGUCGUUUCUAGUUUUUUUGAUAAUUUGAGCUGCGCCUUCAAAUUUUCAAGCUGGGCUGUAGUCAGACCUAAUGGACAAACAGUAGCCGAAUCUUUUUGAAAUUAAACUUUAAAGAAAAAAAUUUCUACUUGAGUUAAUUUUUUUAAACAUCUUUAGUGUACGAUCAAAGAAAGCCAACUAGUCCGUUUGUCUCACGCUCUGAGUAGAUUUAUGGAAAAAAGCCCUUGAAACUUAUCCAAAAAUUUGCACUUGAAUCUUCAUUUUUAAAAAACCUAGGGUGAGUUUUCGCUCAUAAUUGCUCAUAUUAAAUCAGUUUUUUUAUAACUUUUCUUUGAGAUAGUGAACAAUGAAUUUUCUUAUUUCUCAUUGUCAAUGUUCAGAAUGGAGCUCAAAUCGAAACCGGCGACUAUUUCAUUUACCUGAAGAAGGAAAUUUACCGACUGAACUACUAUGUCGGGCUUUUGAUUAAGGCAAGAGAAACGGUAGUCAAAUCAGGAAAUUUAUCCUUGAAUUUCAGGAUAUGAGUCACGGUGUCGACCAUUAUCGGUGUGUAAUUAGGAAUAAGGCUGGCGUAGUCAACGUUGACUUCAAAAUUGAUUCCUGUGGGUUUUUUUCUUUUCUUUUUCUGUUUGGUAGUCUUUUUUCCUGUUUCAAGCUACACAUCCUCUUCAGUCCGCAUAACACAAUUUCAAAAAAGAAGUUGAUAAAGUCUAUUUAUUCAAAAAUUAAUUAAAAUUGGUGGUUUCAAUUACAAAUAACGACGUUAGUGAGCUGUAAAAAGCGAUGAAAGUCAAAAUUUCAAUAGAGAAAUCUUGAAAGAUUUUCUCAGGUAUAUUUCUAGCCAGUACUGUAGUUAAAGCAUGCUCUCAAAGUUCUUCAACAAAGUUUUUUGUAGCUUUUUUUCACUGACUUUUUUUUCAGCUGACCUAGUCCUGUAUCAACUGGACAAAAUGGUCCUCAAAGUCGACGAAAAAGACGAUGGAGAGGAGUUUAUUGAACUGAGUUUGCGCUUUCUAUCGCACUCUCCAAAUUUCACCGUAUGUCUUUUUUUUUCGAAAAAAAUGGUCGGUAGAAAAUGAGUCUUGUAGAGCUUUUGGUCGCAUUUCCGAAUAAUUACUGAAAUUGCAGUUAUAAAGAGUUUUUCACAGAGGCAGAACUUCGGGGCAAAUUUUUCAAAAUUUUUCAAGACUCAAGCGAGCAAUUUUGUACGAGUAACAGAGGAAGUUAAAAAGGAGAGCGGAAAAAACGAAAACGAACCGUUUUGUCCAUGGAGCAACUUUGCUUGAAAAUUCAAAGAUUUUUUUUUCUGCCUUUGAAUUUUUUUUUCUUGACAUUUUUUUCUGAACCUUCGGUCUUUCACUUUGCACAAGCUAGAGAGUGUCGAAGACUGAGAGGCAAGAUUUUUUCUAUAAGCACUCUUAUUCACCAGGGCUCUCUAUCUUACAAAUGUUGGGGCAUGAAACUUUCAAAAAAUCGUUUUUGAUUCAAAAUGAGAAGUUUGGCAAUAAUAAUUUAAUUUUCAUGUUUUACUGGCCAUAUGCCUUCUACGUUUAUUAUUUUUUCAAAACUUCAUGUUUCCACUAAAUAAAUGAAAGUAUUCAGGUUUCUUGGUUCCGCCAACAAGCGAAUAAUCCAGAGACACGAGUCAAUAUAACAGACGACACCAACUACAUCAUCAAAAACCAAAAAAGCACCUGGAGUGUCUACGACUCUUUCUUAGAGUUCAAGGUCCGUUUUUUUUUUUCGCAUACUGUAAAAAGUGUGUAGCUGGAUUCAUUAAUCGAAUAAGAAAGGUCCUUUAACAAUUAAAAAAAAAGACAUUACCUGAUGGGUGGAGAGCGCCACGCCCCUUUGUGUUCCAAGCUAGUCGUGCUACACCUCAGAACUCAGAAGCCUUUGAAAAAAUCAGCAAUAACCUUGAACUCUGAUUUAUUUGGCUUCUCAAUUUUUUAAAGCCUUUUGUGACCCUUUUAUUUCCUUUUUUUAAUUUCAUUCUUCAGUCCGACCUUUUGUAUGGAGACUCGAACGUGGCCUGUGAAAUCAUUUGUGAGGUUAAGUCGAUGCGAGGAAAAACCUUCGAAGCCUCAAUGGUUCUUUUCCGUGAGUUUUUCAACUUUCAAAAUUGUAAGGCGUGAAAAAUUGGACUAGAAGGUGGAAAAAGAUAGGGGGCGUCGUACCUCGUUCAGGUCGGGCGCAGCUCUCUGUUGGUUUAAUUACCCAAGUUUGAGGUACAAUUUGAUCUGACCCACGUAUAUUGAGUCCUGAUAAUUCAUAAGUUUCUAAUUUUUCCAGUUUGUUCCAAAACUUGAAAGACUUCUUACGAAUUUAUAAGCUAGUGGAAUCCGAAAUUUUCUCGUUACCAUUGAACUAUAAGUUCAAAAAAAUUGUUCUUCAGAGUAUUUUUUUAAUCGAAUUCUCAUCAUUUUUCAUCAAUAAUCUGAUUUUUUUCAGAGCCGCCCGGUCGCUGGGGUGUCGUGAAAAUCGAUUGA